GCGUUCUUCCUUUUCAAGAGUUGUUGUGAGAGCUGAUCUAACGUUAGCUUCCACUUGUGAACCUCGGCAGGCUAAAUUAGCUGGCUAACUGGUUUUCACUGCUGGAUAAAUCAUCGCUGUUGUCUUCUAUAAUUUGAGACGAGUCCAGCUUCUGACCAGAUCAUGGCCGAUUUCUCGCUGGAAGAUGCUUUAGGAGAUGACACACCAAGUCGGGUUAAUAAGAUAGGCAACACUAACCCUUCUGCCCCUGCCAGCAACCCUCCACCUCCUUCAAACCCAGGAUGGCCUGGUUCAGCUCCAGGAGCUCCCACCCAGCCUUCAGCACCAGCUGACUUUGGCAGCGGAUCAUCUGGACCAGGGGCUCCAGGGCCAUUCCCAUUCUCCUCAGGCCCAGGAGCGCCAGGACAAUAUCCAGGACCUCCUUCAGCACCUGGUGGGUUCCCAGCUGGCCCUGGAAUACCUGGACAAUAUCCACCUGCACCAGGUGCCCCAGGUCAGUUCCCAUCCAGCCCUGGGGCACCUGGGCAGUUUCCUGGACAGUAUCCACCUGAAGGAGCUCCAGGACAGCUACCUGGAGGUCCUGCUCCUUACCCAUCUGGACCAUUUCCUUCUGGCCCAGGAGCACCCCCAGGGCCUUAUCCAAAUGUGCCUUUUCCUGGUAGCCAGGCAGGAGGAGGCAAUGGGAUGUAUGGACCCGGAGGUCCAGGGGCAUUCCCUCCUCCAGCUGGCCCUGGCUCUUUCCCUGCUUUUCCUGCUGGAGGGUUUCCCCCAAUACCCACUGGGAAUUGGGGACCACCUGCAGGUGGAGGUUUUCCUCCUGCGCCUGGCCCCUUUGGUCCUGGUCCUGGGCCCAUGGGUCCAUAUGGUGGCCCUGCUUUUCCUGGAGGCACACUGAUGGUGCCAUAUGAUCUUCAUCUCCAUGCUGGAAUUAUGCCUCAACUUUUAAUCACAAUAAUCGGGGAGCCCGUUCCUGGUGCAGACAGGUUCCACGUUGACUUCAUCAAAGGUUCAGAUGUCGUUUUUCACUUUAAUCCUCGCUUCAAUGAGCAAACAAUUGUCAGAAACUCCAGCCUUGGAGGUUACUGGGGCCCAGAGGAGCGUGAAGGAUGCUUCCCCUUCGUUCAGGGACAACGUUUUGAGCUGAAGAUCCUUGUGGAGGAGAACAUGUUUAAAGUGGCGGUGGACGGAACUCACCUGCUGGAGUACGAGCACAGAGUCGGCGGCCUGGAGGAAGUGACCCUGCUGCGGGUGGCUGGAGACGUCACCCUCUACAGUGCAGCCCCAAGCAUGAUCUAAAUUUGCAACCAACCCAAACAAUAUCCAAGAGGCCCAGCUCAAACUUUACCGAUACAUUUCAAAUACUUUGGCGUGUUUGAUGGAAUUUGCAAGGCACAAUAAUCAGCAAAGUGCAGUUGUUGUCUACCUGGGACAUUUAUAACAUAAUAGAAGACAGAUUAUCCCAGAUCUGCACACUAUAAUCCUUCAUUUUUUCCCCCUUUUUUUUUAGUUUGAACUUGAUUAAAUCUAAUUUUAAAACCACUCACAAUUCAUUACAUUUAAUGACACAAUAGUAUUCAAGUAGUAAUUGAGGUAAAGUGCAUCUAAAGCAGAUGGUCUGAAGAAAAACAAAUUUAUGCUGAAUGAUAUGAUUGUAGACUUACGGGAGAAGUACGAUGUGUCCCAAGCAUUUCAGGUAUGUCCACCAGUGGGAAUUGUCUUGUUUACUUGUUGCUUAUUAUUCUGUCCUUUUUACGAAUAUGAUAAGGCUUUGUAGUGCAUGGAGUGAAAUGCUGAAAAUCUGCAUAGUUUCCUUUUAUUCCGCUGCUGGACUCUCAGACAGCAAGGUGGUGAUGAUGAUGAAAUUUCUUAAUGUAUUUAUAUACUGACUUUUUUUCCUCCUUUCUUCAGUUGCAAUCCUCCUGAGCUUGUGGACUGGAGGGUUGUUGAAAUGUUUAAUGAUUUCUGAUUUCAUGUUGAAGUCAAACCCAAGGGUGGAAAAAGAGAGGCACUAAUGAAAAGGCAGAGACUCUAUGGGGAUGAAUCUGUUGCCAAAGAGAAAGUACAGUGUUUUGAGGUCAUGAUUCAAGGAGCAACAAGCAAAAACCGAUUAAAAGUGCUAAUUAUUGUA